AUGGCGCUGCCCGACGAGCCGCGGCCCGCGGUCCUUCCCUCCUGCCCGCUGCCCUCCAGGAUCUGCGAUGUGGUCCGCAGCGAGAGGCCGGGCUCCUGCUGCGGCAUGGCCAUGGCCGGCUUCCGCACCGCCAAGUACCAGCUGCCCGAGUGGCACCGCCGAAACGCGGGCGUCUACUACAACGCGCUGACGGUGAGCGAGGAGGCGGAGCGCGGCCGCGCCGAGGCCAAGAACCUGAUGAAACAUGCGGCCGCCAGCGCGCAGCGAGCCCAGGAACACUCCAAAAGCACCCUGGGCCAGCGGCUGGGGGACAUCGAUUUCUGGAGGAUGGAGCUGCAGAAGGAGAUCAUGGAGCUGGACGCCGAGACCAACCUGCUGGCGGCUCAGAAGCUGCGGCUGGAGCGGGCGCUCGAUGCCACCGAGGUGCCCUACGCCGUGGUGACCGAUAACCUGGAGUGCCGCGAGCGGCGGCAGCCGCCCGACCUGGUGAUCGAUGAGGUGGAGAGGCAGCUGCUGAAGGAAGCAGAUCUUAUCCGGGAUAUCCGGGAACUUCUGAAAAGAACCAUCAUCCAAGCCACCACCCAGAUCAGAUCCAACCGGAUCCAGAAGGAGAACUGUGAGCUGGACUGGUCGGAUAAGGUGCAGACGUAUCACAUCGACGAUAAAUGCGGCUCCUACUGCACCGACAGCACCAACGUCCAGUCCCACCCCAGCUCCGUGAAGUUCGAGGAGAACGCCUCCACGCCCAAAUCCUGGGCUCAGUUCAGCCACGACAACAUUUCCAGAGCGGAGCAGGAGAAAUUGGCGUCGGUGCAGCUGCGCUCGCUCAUCAACAGCGUCAUCCACGACGCGGGCCAGGACCUGCGCGUGCAGCGCGCCGCCGUCAGCGAGGCCCUGCACGGCCACUGCCGCCAGCUGGAGCAGGCCAAGCUGGGCCUGGAGCGGCACCUGGAACAGAUCCUGAAGGAUAUUGGGGAGGAGGAAGCCAACAUAAUGAACCUGAAAAAAGCCAUCAGGGACAAGGAAGCUUUCCUGAAAGUGGCUCAGACCCGGCUCUACGACAGAUCCUUCAGGCCCAACAUCGAGCUCUGCAGGGAUGAGGCCCAGUUCAGGCUGGUGAGCGAAGUGGAAGAACUCGCAGUUUUCCUGGAGGCCCUGAAGAGAAAACUGAUGGAAUCCGAGCAGAACCUGAAGAAUUUGGAGGAGACCAGGAUGAAGCUGGAGAAAGAAAUCGCUGUGAAAGCCAACAGCAUUUUCAUUGACAGCCAGAAGUGCCUGGGCAACCGAGCUCGCUUCCCCGUGGACCUGGAGGUGGCGAGUUACCAGCAGUGAUUUCUGUGCUCAGCCUGUGAAAUCCAGGGGAAAAACACAAUUCCAUCUUUUCUAUUGAGCCCUCGGAAAAUGUGGGGAAAAAAAAAAUCUGUGAGCUUUCAUAUGGAAUAAAUUGAGAAAUUCUA